CGUGGAUGUCGUGGCAGUGUCGUAGCGCGUCCUCCAUCACAACUCCCUACUCCCGCACACACACACAAUCAUUCCCCCACCGUAUACCGUCACACUUCUCAGGGCAUCUCUGUGCACAUAUUCUGCUUUUAUGCGUCUUCGUACACUAUAAAUUAUUAUAUUAUCCAUCACAAACACUUAUCCUCUUUCAGAUAAAAAAGCAUAUGUUCAUAUAUAAUAUUAUAUUAAAAUUUCCAGUUAAACAAGAUAGGUGAGAUAAUAUCAGCAAUUUAGAGAGAGAUAAUGUCGUCUUGGGUGGCAGACUAUCUUUCGCAAGGCAGCAACAACAUGAACAACGGCCAUGAAGACGGAGAUGAGCAGCUCAAACUUCUCCGACCUGGCUGUGAUUCGGCGGCCUCCGACCUUUCGCCGCCGGCUGAUGCUUUUCUCAGAGCCGCCGUCUCCCUCAAAGAUCAGGUGGUGGAGAUGACAUGGAGAAAAGAGGGGGAAAAUUGGAGCUUGGACCCGACGGUUUAUACUGGUUUGAUGGGGACAGCUUUGAUGUGCUUGCGAUCUUAUGAGGCCACCGGCAAUGGCCGGGACUUGGAGCUGUGCGCCAAAAUUGUUGACGCCUGUACCCCAGCUGCUCAAAUCUCCAACAGAAGUGAAGUUGGUGUGUUUUAUGAAUAUUUUGUGUUCAGUGAUUUGGCUUACGAGGUGGCCGGGAUAGGGCAUGUUACAUUUCUUUGUGGUAGAGGAGGUGUCUAUGCUGUCGGUGCUAUAACUUCAAAUUACAGUGGGGACCAAAAGAAGCGCAACUUCUAUGUGGGUCGUUUUCUGGAGAUGGCACAAGAGAGAGCACUCCCUGUGGGACCAAAAGAAGGCGGAUUUGGGAUGUCAUACGACCUUCUCUACGGACGAGCUGGAUUUCUUUGGGCUGCUUUGUUAGUGAACAAAUAUUUAGGCCCCCAAACAAUCCCUAACGAGCUUCUCAUGCCAGUUGUCGAGGCAGUCCUGGCAGGAGGCCGAGCUGGCGCCUCUGACAACAUAUCAUGCCCGUUGAUGUACAGAUGGCAUGGGACCAGAUAUUGGGGUGCAGCCCAUGGGCUAGCCGGUAUAUUACACGUUUUGCUUCAUUUUCCUUUGUCUGGUGAUGAUGUUGAGGAUGUGAAAGCAACUCUAAGGUACAUGAUGAGUAAUAGGUUUCAACACAGUGGGAAUUAUCCAGUGAGCGAAGGGAACACGAGAGAUAAGCUGGUCCAGUGGUCCCACGGAGCUGGUGGUAUAGCUGUUACCCUAUGCAAAGCAUCCGAGGUUUUUCCGAACGAUAGGGAUUUUCGUGAUGCGGCCAUUGAAGCAGGGGAAGUUGUGUGGAAAAACGGGUUGGUGAAGAAGUUGGGGUUGGCGGAGGGUGCGGCUGGCAAUGCAUACGCGUUCUUGUCUCUAUUCCGUCUCACGAGAGACGGCAUAUAUGAAGAGAGAGCAAAGGCGUUCGCGACUUACCUGUAUCACGGUACGUGGAAAAUGUUGGCGGCUGAGAGAAAUUGUGGUGGAGAAGAGCUUAUGAUGUAUUCGCUUUUUGAAGGGGCAGCUGGGGCUGCUUGUCUCUGGUUUGAUCUGUUAGCGCCUUUGGAAUCUCGAUUUCCAGGCUAUGAAAUCUAGACUGUUGAGUGUCUGAGGCAAAGCUGGAAGUGUAGUAAUAUGGUAAUGGGUGAUUUGUGUGUGGUGGGGCACAAAGGGCCACUAGCUUCGAUACGUAUGUUAUGUAUGUUACCCUACCUUCGAACGUGAGACUUUGAGAUAUAAGGAAAUUGGAUCUGGCUUUGGUUGUGAGCCAGCCAUUGAUAUCUAAGAAAAUGUGUGAUGUUCUGGUGAAAAAAUGUGGGAUGGCACACAUUUAUAAUCUUUAGGGAUUUAUUGUACCAAAUCCCCCUAUAUUAUAUGAAAAUUUUAAAAAUUGUCAAACCCUCUUAUAUUUAAUAUCUGCAUGCAUACUC